CACGUCUAUUCUUUUAAUUCUUCCGUAGACUCUCACUUUCCUGGGUUGCAAGUUGUAUAAUAGCAGGUGCGAGCACUGAUCUCUUUGACCACAAGGAGCCAUGAUAUCGAGACUUCCGCACACCUGCCGAGUACACUCCAUGCGGGUUCUCUCCCGCAAUCUCCAGACGCAGGCACGAUACGAGUAUCCCUCGCGCGAUGAACAGGAUGAUGGUUCGUUUCUGCCACGAUCUGGACUAGCGACGCCACGACAGCUUGUAAGAUACCUCGAUGAAUAUGUAAUUGGGCAGGAGAUUGCAAAGAAGGUCCUUUCCGUCGCUGUAUUCAACCACUAUACCCGUGUUCGCGCAAAUCUUGCCGCCUUUGACGAUGAGAGUGGUGCGGACCCAUGGUCCGAAGCGAAUGCGGAUGAUGCACACUCUAGCGUGUCGUCCGCACACUUACAUCCUCACCCCCAGCGCGUCCUCCCGCAUCAAUUACCACUCCAACCUCGACAACCAGUCUCUUUAUUCGAGAAGAGCAAUGUACUGGUAAUAGGACCAACAGGCUCAGGGAAGACUUUGCUCGCGCGUACCCUUGCACGCGUCCUUGACGUUCCAUUUUCCGUCAGUGAUGCGACAUCUUUCACGCAGGCUGGCUAUGUCGGGGAGGAUGUUGAUAUGUGCAUACAACGAUUGCUCCAAGCAGCCAAUUGGGAUUCGUAUCGCGCCAGCACGGGUAUCGUCUACAUUGACGAAGUCGAUAAGAUUGCACGUAAAUCCUCAUCUACGACUGAGAGUUCACGAGAUGUCGGUGGAGAGGGAGUGCAACAAGCUCUUUUACGAAUGAUGGAGGGUUCUGUUGUCACUGUGCAAGGAAAGCCAUCGUCACUGGAACCCCCAGCACCCACGGCACGAGGGCGGGGCUCACCAGCUGCUGCACAGCAGAGACCUGAUACCUACCACAUUGACACUUCAAAUGUGCUCUUUAUCCUUAGCGGUGCAUUCGUGGGGCUUGAUACCGUCGUGAAGCGGCGGGUGAGCAAAGGAUCCAUUGGUUUUACUGCAAACCUCGCACCUAAAGAGGAAGACUCAGACAGCAAAGGUUUCUUGCCGUUCUUUACAUCGAACCGCCGAUCAUCAGAAAACUUACUAGAGAUGAUUGAACCCGCUGAUCUGGUGAAAUACGGCUUUAUUCCUGAAUUUAUCUCCCGCCUCCCAACCUUAACUACACUAUCCCCGCUAAGCACCCAGGAUUUACGACGCAUUCUGACCGACGUCCGUGGGUCACUUAUUAGCCAAUACACUGCGCUUUUUGGUCUCUCGGGCGUGGAGAUUCGGUUUACAACAACAUCUAUUGAUCAGAUUUGUUUCCGAGCAGUCGAACGAGGCGGAGGGGCGAGAGGGCUGAGGGGAAUCAUGGAGUCAUUGCUGUUAGAUGCGAUGUACGAAGUCCCUGGAUCGAAUGUCCGUUAUGUCCUGAUCACGGGAGACAUGGUGCUAGGCAAGUCGCCAGCUCUUUAUUGGAUGCGUGGGGACGGUUCCGCGUUUUGGGCGGCCUGGGCGGAUGAGGAACAGCGAGCAGAAAAGCAUCAGUUGUAGAUGCGUAUAGCUGGCGCAGCAGAUUUGAAAAUCUGCUUGCUUGAUUAAUGUGGUGAGAGGCGCAUCUCUCUUGGAAUGUAUUAUCGUCCAUGUAUCGUGGGACACGGGAUUCAUCUGGGGCUCUUCAAAGCCUUAGUCUUUCCCCUAGAUCUCGAUUUGGGCAGGAUGAACACAGAUACAGUCACGAGACCGCGUGAACGCGACCAGGUGAAGAUGAAGUUCAUUCCCACUGAGAUGAAGGUGGGGAACUGUCUCCUGUCAUUUUUUCCAGUACAUGUCGGAUGAAUUUCGUAAAGCAGGGUAGGGGCACUCAUGAAAGCAAAU